UGGUAACAUCAUGAGACGCUGCCGUUCAGUUGAACGCAGACCACAGACUACUUCACGCGUCUAAAGGAUUUACAGGAGAAUUUCCUUCUUCCUGCUGGAUUUGCGUUGUUCGGUUCCGACCACAGGGAUUAAUUUUUUGAGCAAAAGGACGAACGGGAGGAAAGAAAGCGAGCGGGGCUAAAGCGACUAAAGUCGCAGACAUUCUAAUGGAAACUCCCGACUCCGUUUCGAUAAGAGCGGCUUUGCCUGAUUCUCUAUCAUGACUGAUGGCGAGGGGAGAGUGCGCUUUCAGUACUCGGACUGCCCGGAGCAGGAGGAGGUGAGGCGCAACGCACCGAAGGCCGACAGGAACACCAGCCCAGGUCAUGAGGUUGACCCCGGAAGAGGGCGAGAUGAGGAGAUGGAGAAGGGAGAGGUGGAUAAAACCAAAAAGCGGGACAGCCGUGGUCUGGGGGGGGACGAAUGGAGCCAGGAGGUUCAGGACAACGAGGUGCGAGAAACGGAACUCGAUGUGGACGAGGAACCAGAUCCCGCCAAUGUUCGUGUCAACCUAUCCAGCAUCUCGUGUGAGGAGGAGCAGCCAUUUCCCGCUCUGGCUCCAAAGGCUUUUUUCUGCUUAAAGCAAACUACAAGGCCUCGCUAUUGGUGUAUUCGGAUUGUCUGCAACCCGUGGUUUGAGUACAUAUCCAUGAUGGUGAUCCUGCUUAACUGUGUGACUCUGGGGAUGUUUCAACCCUGUGAGGACGUCGACUGCCUGUCGGAGAGGUGCAAAGUGCUGCAGGUGUUGGACGACUGCAUCUUUGCUUUCUUCGCUGUGGAAAUGGUAAUCAAGAUGAUGGCCUUUGGGGUUUUUGGCUCCAAAUGUUACCUGGCCGACAGGUGGAACCAGCUCGACUUUGUGAUCGUAAUGGCAGGGAUGUUGGAAUAUUCUUUGGAUGGCCAAAAUGCAAGUCUGUCAGCCAUCCGUACAGUCCGAGUGCUCAGACCACUGCGGGCCAUCAACAGAGUACCAAGCAUGAGGAUCUUGGUGACACUGCUCUUGGACACUCUGCCCAUGCUGGGAAAUGUUCUUUUUCUCUGCUUCUUUGUAUUUUUCAUCUUUGGCAUUGUGGGAGUCCAACUAUGGGCAGGCCUGCUACGCAACCGCUGCUUUCUGGGAGAGGACACAAAAGUAUUGUACAACCAGUCUCUAAAACCUUACUACGUGGAUGAGGAGGGGGAGGACAACCCGUUUAUCUGUUCAACACCACGCGAAAACGGAAUGCUGCAUUGCUAUGACGUGCCGCCCUCCACUGAGGACGGAGUGGAGUGCUCAUUGACCGCUUCCCAGCAAAGCUCUGUGCUGAUUGGCUCCUUUGAUUCUGUGGCCGGGGCCAGUGUUAACGGAUGUGUGAACUGGAACCAGUACUACAAUGUUUGCCAUGCUGGAGAGUUCAAUCCCCAUAAGGGGGCUGUUAACUUUGACAACAUAGGCUAUGCUUCCAUAGCUAUCUUCCAGGUCAUCACACUUGAAGGCUGGGUGGACAUUAUGUACUUUGUCAUGGAUGCUCACUCUUUCUACAAUUUUAUAUAUUUUAUACUGCUCAUUAUUGUGGGAUCUUUCUUUAUGAUCAACUUGUGCCUCGUGGUCAUCGCCACCCAGUUCUCUGAAACGAAGCAGAGGGAGAACGCCCUGAUGAGGGAGCAGCGUGCGCGCUACAUGUCAAGCGACUCCACAUUUUCCAGCUACACUGAACCUGGCUCAUGCUAUGAGGAAAUACUGCGUUACAUUAGUCACCUUUAUCGCAAGCUAAGGCGCAGGUUGCAGAGGAUAUACUAUCGGUGGCACAGUAAGCGACGUAAAAAACUGAACCCUAAUGGAAGUGGAGAUGGCAGUAACAGCAGUGGGAAUGGACACGGUCAAGGUUCCAAGAGGGUUUCUAGUGGCCCGGGAGCCGCUUUCUGGCUGCGGCCGAUCCAUAACCUCAUGCAACAACACCGGCAGGAGCACUGCCACCUCAGCAACGGUGGCCAGCACCAUGUGCAAACUGUUGAGCAUAUGGAUGGAGAAGAAGGCAUCCGAGGAGUGGAAGAGCUGGAGAUGAAAUCGCUUCCUGUCCGGAUAGGAUGUACAAAUGAAAAUAGUGGCGAUAGCCCGGCUGGUAUAACUCGUGGCUCAGGAUCGCUGCUUGGACAUCUCAACGGGGGUAUGAACUAUCCAACCAUACUGCCGUCUUUUGUGUGCAGCUGCAGCAGCGAGUCAACACAGACCUACUCCAACCAAUGCAGACCUACUCCAGAGCAACAUUUAGCUAACUUGACGCUAUCUCAACACAAUGAUAUAUUAAACAGGCUCCAUCAGCUCCUGGGACAACGCAAUAGCCACAGUCUGUUACAGAUGGCCACCAUGUUGCCCACCUCUCAGCUUAUCGAGUUGCUCCAGUGCCCUCUGUGUGUCCAAAGCCUUAAAACCUUGGAACAGGAACUACGGGACCUGGAGAAAGGAAACGGAGAGCUGGACCGCCUGCUAAAUUUCCGCCAUCUGAGGAAGGAGCUGGAGAGCGAUAAACGAAGAGUCAGAGAUAGGUUUCGACGGUCUAAGUUCGUGUUCAGUAAAGCUGGUCACGCCUGGAAAAAUUUCCGGGAAACCCUGAGGACGAUUGUGGAAAGUAAAUAUUUUAACCAAGCCAUCAUGACUGCCAUCCUGAUCAACACUUUCAGCAUGGGCAUAGAAUACCACGAGCAGCCUGAGUACCUGACUCAAGUAUUGGAGAUCACCAACUUUGUUUUCACCAGCAUCUUCGUCCUGGAGAUGGGUUUCAUGCUGCUGGCGUUUGGCCUUUGGGGCUACAUCAAAAACCCAUACAAUAUUUUCGACAGUGUUGUGGUUAUCAUCAGUGUCUGGGAGAUAUCUGCCCAGGCGGACGGGGGGCUGUCGGUUCUGCGAACCUUUCGUCUGUUGCGCGUGCUGAAACUGGUUCGCUUCAUGCCCGCCCUGAGGCGACAGCUGGUAGUGCUAAUGAAGACCAUGGACAAUGUGGCCACCUUCUGCAUGCUGCUGAUGCUGUUUAUCUUCACCUUCAGUAUACUGGGAAUGCAUCUAUUUGGUUGUAAGUUUGGCCUUCGUUUGGAAAAUGGAGACACCAUCCCCGACCGCAAAAAUUUUGACUCUCUUCUCUGGGCCAUCGUCACCGUUUUCCAGAUUCUAACCCAGGAGGACUGGAAUGUGGUGCUGUAUAAUGGCAUGGCCUCCACCUCUCCAUGGGCGGCUCUCUACUUUGUGGCACUCAUGACGUUUGGCAACUAUGUUCUUUUCAACUUAUUAGUGGCCAUUUUGGUCGAAGGCUUCCAGGCUGAGGGCGAUGCCAAUCGCUCAGAGUCAGACGAUGAAAAGAAGUCUGACAACUCUGAUGAAGAUGAGAAGUUGGAACAGUUUACAGACAUUGAGCUAGAGAUGACAGCCAACGGUCACAUUGAUGCCUGUGGCACGACAGCUCCACCUAUUAUUAUGCGCACGGCGGCCACACCCAUGCCCACUCCCACCAGCUCUCUGGGACCAGAGUCUAUUCUAGGAGAGGAACUCUUGUACAGAGAGGGGACACCGAAGGACGGGGAGGUUGGACAGGAUUUUUCGAACGCAGGAAUCAGUCAGAUGGAGUCUCGGACUGGAAGCUCAACAUCCAUAGACCCCUCCGCUUUUGAUCAGCACUCACUGAGCUUCUCCAGUCCCGGCCGGCGCUCGCCUUUUCCACCCCGGGGUUCCAGCAGCUCAUGGGGCAGCAGGCGCUCCAGCUGGAACAGCUUGGGAAGGGCUCCCAGCCUCAAAAGGCGAGAUACCAGCGGCGAGAGGGAGAGCUUAUUGUCGGAGGAGGGCGCAGACGAGGAAGAUGGCCACGACAACACGGGGAGGGCUGGCCCAAACCAAAAAUCUUUGGAGCAGCCCCAGGUGUCUUCCAUGGUUGGGGAGCACAGUGAUUGCAAUGGGAUGACACUGACAUGCAGCCCCGAUGAGAACGCUGACGCCAAAGAUGACAUAUCUCUAGAGGAUGACUUUGAUGAAGAUAGUCCCUUCAGUCACUGGCUGUUAAGGAAGAUUCAGAACUUGAAGCCCCGCUGGUGCAAAGAGCACGAAGACUGCUCGCUCUACUUGUUUGAUCCCGAGAGCUGGUUUCGUUCAUGUUGCCAAAGAGUGAUUUCUCACAAACUGUUCGACCACGUGGUUCUGUUUUUUAUUUUCCUCAACUGCAUCACCAUCGCCAUGGAGAGGCCGGAUAUAAAGCCUCACAGCCUGGAGCGUCUGUUUCUGAGCGCAUCCAACUAUAUUUUUACUGUGAUCUUCCUCAUAGAGAUGGCCAUAAAGGUUGUAGCGCUCGGUUUUUGCUUCGGGAAGCAGUGCUACCUGCAGUGCUCCUGGAACAUUCUGGAUGGCUUGCUGGUGUUUGUGUCUUUGUUGGACGUUCUGGUCUCCAUCGCUUACGUCGGCGAAAACAAGAUCCUGGGAGUGCUUCGAGUCCUUCGUCUUCUACGCACGCUCCGCCCUCUGAGGGUGAUCAGUCGAGCACCGGGAUUAAAGCUGGUCGUCGAGACACUUAUCACCUCACUUAGACCCAUCGGGAACAUUGUUUUGAUCUGCUGCACCUUCUUCAUUGUCUUUGGCAUCUUGGGGGUUCAGCUGUUCAAAGGAAAGUUCUACAUCUGUGAAGGGUUCGACACGAGGAACGUCACCAAUAAGUCCGACUGUCUGCAGGCCAACUACCGCUGGACAAACCGAAAGUACAACUUUGAUAAUCUCUUUAAGGCCCUAAUGUCUUUGUUUGUGCUGUCGUGCAAAGAUGGCUGGGUAAACAUCAUGUAUGAUGGACUGGAUGCAGUAGGUGUGGAUCAGCAGCCCGUGAGGAACCACAACCCCUGGAUGCUGAUCUACUUCAUAUCCUUUCUGCUCAUCGUCAGUUUCUUCGUCCUGAACAUGUUCGUGGGUGUGGUGGUGGAGAACUUUCACAAGUGCCGGCAGGACCAGGAGGAGGAGGAGGCCCGUCUGCGGGAGGACAAGAGGCAGAAAAUGAUAGAUAAAAAGCGCAGGAGUAAGGAGAAUGGAGGGGCUGGGGCCAUGCAGAGGCCAUACUAUGCAGACUACUCUCCUGUGCGCCUGUACAUACACAGGCUGUGCACCAACCACUACCUGGAUCUCUUCAUCACCUUGAUUGUUGGCAUCAAUAUCCUUACAAUGAGUGUUGAACACUACAAUCAGCAGCAGUAUUUAAAGGAGGCUCUGAAGGACUGCAACUACGUGUUUACUUUCAUCUUCUUCGUUGAGGCCCUGCUUAAGCUUGUGGCGUUUGGCAUCCAUCGCUUCUUUAAAGACAAAUGGAAUCAGCUGGAUGUAGCAAUAGUGGCACUGUCCAUCUUGGGCAUCGUCCUGGAGGAGCUAAACAUGAAGGGAGCGCUGCCGAUAAAUCCCACCAUUAUCAGAAUUAUGAGAGUACUCAGAAUAGCACGAGUGUUAAAACUUCUAAAGAUGGCAAAAGGAAUGAGAGCUCUGCUUGAUACGGUGAUGCAGGCGUUGCCUCAGGUGGGAAAUCUCGGGCUCCUCUUCAUGCUGCUCUUCUUCAUCUACGCGGCUUUGGGAGUGGAGCUCUUUGGCAAACUGAAGUGCACAGACAUCAACCCCUGUGAAGGUCUCAGUCGUCACGCAACCUUUGAGAAUUUUGGGAUGGCCUUCCUCACGCUAUUCCGAGUGUCCACCGGGGACAACUGGAGCGGGAUUAUGAAAGAUACAUUAAGAGAGUGUCAGCCAGACGACCGCAACUGUUUCGCCUACCUGGCAUGGGUCUCUCCGUUUUAUUUCGUCACCUUCGUGCUCAUCGCUCAGUUUGUCCUCGUGAAUGUGGUGGUGGCUGUUUUGAUGAAGCAUCUGGAGGAGAGUAACAAGGAGGCGAAAGAAGACGCAGAGAUGGACGCCGAAAUCGCACUGGAGAUGGAAAGGGAGAAGGAUGCCCAUCAGAGUCCUGGUUCCAGCGAGUGCUCAAUGGAGGACAAAGACCAGUGCGUAGGUGAGAAACUGCUGAGCGCCGAGACCAUGUCAGUGCUCAGGAUGCACUCGCUGCCCGAUGACAGCUACAUGUUCCGACCUGUGAGGCCCGCCAGCGCCCCCUGCCCUUUGGAAGAAGUCGAGGCCAACCCUCAGCAUUCAAUGACAGUGGCGUCCGUCAACUCGCAGCCCUGCAAGAGCCGCUCUCUCCUGCAAGUUCCAGAUGUUUCUUCUGUCCCCCCUCAGUCCCGUCCCACUUCCACACUGCCCCGCAUUGUCCCGCCUACAACCAGCCCCUCACCACGGACCCUGCACAGACAGGUGGCGGUUAAGUUGGAUUCUGUUGAGUCCCAGAAUUCGGAGCAGCAAGAGAGGCCCAACUCCGCCCUCCCCAUCCCACACCACCCCUCUUCGCCAUCCCCCCUUCCUUCAAUACUCUCUGCCCCUUCUCCUCUACCUCCCCCAAGGUCUUCCCCGUCUCUCCUCCUCCCUCCGCCCCCUUCCCCACGUCUGCCCUCCCGCUCAGCCAGCCUCCGUAGUCGACCCAGGCCGCCGUCCACCGCCUCCCUCUUCGACCCAGCCGACGAGGAGGUUUAUCACAUAACCAGCUCUGCCUGUCAGCGCCAGCGAAACGAGGAGGACAGGCUGCAAGAGGGGAAAACAAAAGCCGGGCGUAGCCACUCCCUCUCCCCUUACACUCUGCCGGGCUUUGUUUGCGCCGACUCCUCAUCUCCGCCUCCUCUGCCUCCUCUGCCAUCAUCCUCGUCAAGGAGCGCGCUCAGUCUGCUCGGCGUUGGACUGAAGGACAUCAGGAAAGGCUUCAGUGUUGACAACCAAGGUUUCCUGGAGAAGCCUUCGACCGUAUCUGGAGGUUACGCUGACGACCAGCGGCGCCACUCCAUCGAGGUCUGCCUCCCACAGGCGGUCAUAACAGGGGACGCCCCCCACUUCACGCUGGACAGUAGCCGCUCCGAGAAGGCCGCCUUCCCUGUGAGGGUGCAGUCUGAGCGGCGAGGGUGCAGCCACCGGAAGAAAAAGAUGAGCCCCCCCUGCAUAUCCAUCCACCCUCCUUCAGAGAGGGACCCCGCCCAGAUAUCCUCACCCCCAAAACUGUCCGACUGCAGCAUGCUGCUCCGCCGCAGGACGCCGUCCAGUGACUCCAACGCGCCAGACGCUGAAGCACACAGGCAGAUGCCAGCCCCGCUGACCCCCACCCCUUUUGCGCCGCUGUCUCCGUCUCUGCAGACGCACACCCCACCGCUAACGCCCGCCCCCACGCCACCACACAUCCCCAUCAGCCCCAACAUCUUCAUCCAACCUCACGCACCUCUCCUCCCAAACGCCCUGCCUUUCCUUCCAGUGCAGCCUCGCUCCCCCGCUACGAGACACCUUUGACCCACUGCAGUCCAGAUUUGUGGACUCUGACGCCUGCUCCGCCCCAUUUGACGGCAGGAUGGCAAGCAGCGCUGGGUUCAACGCAAAUAAUCAGAGAACUGCGCCAUGAAGCUGCUUUUCUGCAGGAAAGAGACCGUCUAUCGGUAAAGCUGGGGUUACCUAACUUCUAUAGGUUUUAAUUGCUCGUUUUGACUUCUCUUAUAACAAUGAAUCGAUUUUUAUACACCUAGCUUGAAAGCCGUAAAAACUCUAUGAGGCUGCAUCUAUCAAGUGUACAUACUUGCAUUAGGGACUCAUAGUAACGACCCAACAGGACUAAAGCCACCUUACUCUGUAGCCAAAGUUUUUCCACACACUGUCCCCACCCACGCGAGCCAAUCAGGAAGCAGCGUCUGGCUGCAGAAAAAAAAACCAAACAACAACCCUUGACCCUUCCAGUUCAGGGUAUGUGAACCGCAAGCGUUUGAGGGUGGGGGGAUGGGUGGACGGUGGGAUAUGCAACUUCAGGUCCUCUUACAGACGCUCUGCUGAGCCCCUCUCCUGGCGCCUCGAUCACAUUGAUCCGGGCAAACGUGUGCGUGCGGGUGUGAAAGUGGUCGUUCUUGUUGAAUCUGGUAUCCAAGAAGUCGGCGUCAUUUCGUGCUUGCAUUGGCACAGAGGUGUGUGGGGCGGGGUUUGCAGGGCAGCACUGUAGUGAUUUCUUUGUGUACCUGUGCAUUGUAAAUAAAAAGAAAAUACUGUUUUUUUGUUUAGAAUAAAAAAAAUAGCUCUAUCCAUAUGCACAUAUUUUUAUAGAGGUCAAAGAUGUGUUUUUGCACACAAAUUGGAAAUUUCAAGAUGUUGAUUUCUCCUCUGGUGUCCUCUUGUGAAUGUCUUUUCAAAAUGUACGACAGUGCCGCUGAGGACUCGGGGACCCCUUUGAUGAAACUGCGAGCUGAGGGCACAAAGAGCGUUUUUUUAUUUUUCUAUUUCAAGGAAAAGGAGCAAUGUGCACCGUGUUCGUUGUCUCAAACGUCUGUGGAGUCUUCUUCUUCAACGUGGGCUCAGUGAGGAAAUUAGUUUCAAACCUGCUUUUCUAGCUAACCUUAUGUAAAACUGAGGAUCAAAGGAAGGUUUUUCUUGAGUUUGAGAUCUUUAAAUUCACGAACGAUGGAUUAAAUUAAAUGAACUCAGAAAAAAUCACGGAAAAACCAUUUUUGGAAUGGACCAUUGACUGUAUAUGAGAACUGGACCAAGUGUAAUGUCAUCAGGAGAAAAUAGCGUAGUUCUGGCUCCAACUAAAUGAACUCAAUUUAGUCGGCAUGUUGGAACCAAAAGUCAUCAGCUAGCAGCGAUUAGUCUGAGUCAACAUUUCUAUGGCAACCACACUGGCCAAUCAGGUGUGAGCUUGAAAGCUGGCUACACGAAAUUCGUCAAACAUUUUAAACAUUGGUUGUAAGACCAAUGAGGCAUCUGAUUGGCCUCAUUAUUGAGGCAUCAGAUUGGCCAGGGUAUAUUCUGCAUUACUUGCAAUAGAGAUAUAAAAAAUAACUAGCAAGAAACAGGAAGUAGAGCAAGAAUGGUUAUUCUUGUGACAGAAUAAUAGCUGUUUAUUUCUCUGGUUAGAACCCGGGGGUCACCCACUCUGUCCAGUUCUCCUAUACAGUCAAAGUGAUGGACUCACUGAGCCUUUCUUUCUCUUCUCCUCUUGUACAUCUAAAAACCACCAAACUAACUUUUAUAAGUUUGUGUAGCCAGAGUGCAAUAAAUACUAUUUAAUAAGUGGAAAGUAUGACGUCAUCUAUCGUCCUAUUUCAUGUAUUCAUACUGUAGAACUGCUAAUGACCUUUAGUCAUGACUCAUCCUGUGUUUCCAUCUUCCUCCUCCAUGCCUUUUGCUUAUCUUCCAUAUGCAUGGAGAGGGCGGAACUGUGACCUGAUCGAAUAAAAAAAAAAGGGAAAAGGAAGAAAUUUUACAUGGUGUUGGUCGCUCUAUUUUAGCUGUGGAAUAUAAAGAAAGAGGUUGGGGAUGUUUCUGUUUUUGGGUGAGGUUCUUUUUAGCUUUUUUAUUCACAGCACGUCUGUAGGGAUCUGGAUCUGACAGUUUUCUUAAAGAACUCAGUCUGCCCUUGAAGGCAUUUCCUCCACCCUUUUCUUUGUAGAAAUCAUCCUCAGCCGGUUUUAUUUUGAUAGUUUUGGAGUGCAGACCACCCUGACCAAAAAGCAUCUUUUACUUUUUUUUACCAUCACUGUUUGUAAGAGUUGCCCCCCCCCCCCCCCCACCUCACCAAUUUUCCCACUUUUUUUUAUCCGUAAGUUUGUAGAAAACUGCAUGUAUUAAUCUGAAUUUAUUUAAGAAAAAGAAACAUUUGGGGAAAAAUUUGGAUGUUUUGGAGAUUUUGAUAUCUAAACGUUCAGAUGUCUUCACUGUAGAUGGGUAACCUAACUGCACUGGCCUAUUUUUUAAUCAGUAUGUGAAGAAAAUAUUGAUUAAAUGCUGUUUUUUCUGCAUUGUC